GUUCCGUUACAGGUUAGCGUGUAGUCCACACCUGAGGCCCGAAGCGGCAGGCGCAACAAGAGUUGAAAUUCAAGCUUGUUCUCGCGCAGUGUCGCCAUGAAGGUCCAAGUCCUAGCGGGGGUGAUCCUCUGCACCCUGGUGCUCGUGCAGGAGAGUGCUGGCACCAACGUCCGGAAGAAGGACAACAGUUGUGACUCGUCGGGCGGAGUAUGCAAAAGAGCUUGUCGCUCCCCGCUUCCUGAAGGGCAGUGCCCAGGAGAGCAAGUGUGCUGUAUUCAACGCAAGAAGCUUGCGAAAGGUGGCAAUGGAAACAAUCAAGCAGGCCGAAAUGAGAAGAAAGGAGCCAAUAAGAGGCCAUUUAGACAACAGAAAGGGGAAGGCAACAAAAAGGAGAAGGCUACUGAUAAAAAGGAUCGGUCAAAAUCGAACAAAAAAACAAUGUCUAAACAAAAGCAAAUGAAGAGACAGAACAAGAAAAUGAAAAAAUAUGACCGAAAGGCAGAUAAGCAACAACAGAAAAAAAUCGAGAAAAAACAACAAAAGGAUAGAAUGACUCAGAAACAAAACGGUAAGCAGAAACCCAAAGGGACAAACAGCAACAAAAAGGAAACAAUAGGCGGAAGAAAGGUAACGAAAAUAAAGCCAGCUAUAACUAAAGAUCACAGAAAGGAACCACAAGCAGAAGGCCAGCGAUCAGGAAAGGUUACACUAAAAAAUACCGACGGAGAGAAGCGGAUAUGCAAGAAGACCCUUAAAGAAUGCAGAGAUCAGGGGGGUAAAUGCGUCGAGACAGGAACGUGCACGACUCAGACUCUCGAAGGCGGCUGCAAGGGCUUCUCAUGCGAGUGUUGUCUUGUUGCAGAUUGCUCUACAAAAAUCAAGAAAAAAUGCGAGAACUAUGACGGAACCUGCAAAGCCUCGUGCGCAGAUGGAGAACGGAUCAUCGAAAAGGGCUGCAAAGGAAAGAAAUGUAAAUGCUGUGCAGAAGCCUGCAAACCAACAAACAAAUGCGAAGGCGGUUUCUGCGUUGAAAAGGCAAAAGAUUGCACUGGUAAACUUCUGAAGUCGGGAUGCAAGGGGAAGAAGUGUUUCUGCUGCCUCCCCUCCCCCUGCGUGCCGAAGAAGAAAUGCAAGGGCGGUUUCUGUGUCUCGAAGAAGAAAGAGUGCAAAGGAGGCCAAUUCCUGAAGAAGGGAUGCAAGGGUAAAAAGUGUUCUUGUUGUAUUCCUAAAUGUGUGAAGAAAAAGAAGUGCAAGGAUGGCUUUUGCGUCUCCAACAAGCAAGACUGCAAGGGCGUCAUACUGAGUAAUGGCUGCAAGUCUAAACCCAAAGGGGGAGAAUGCUAUUGCUGCGUUGAAGGGACUACUACCCCAUCAGGAGGAACUACGCCAGCAGGAGGUACUACACCAGCUGGUGGAACAACUCCAGCAGGAGGAACCACGCCAGCAGGAGGAACUACGCCAGCAGGAGGAACAACUCCAGCAGGAGGAACCACGCCAGCAGGAGGAACUACACCAGCAGGAGGAAACACAACAGAAAACGGAACUACCCCGGCAGGAGGAACUACGCCAUCAGGAGGAAACACUCCAGCAGGAGGAACCACUCCGGCCGGAGGAACUACUCCGGCAGGAGGAACCACUCCGGCAGGAGGAACCACUCCAGCAGGAGGAACCACACCAGCAGGAGGAACCACUCCGGCAGGAGGAACCACUCCAGCAGGAGGAACCACUCCGGCAGGAGGAACCACUCCAGCAGGAGGAACUACACCACCUGGAGGAACUACACCACCAGGUGGCACCACUCCACCAGGAGGAACAACCCCUUCUCCUUUACCCAGAUUAUAUGCUGCCCUUCAGAAUAAUAUUGGUCUGCUUAAUGCUAUGGACGAAUUGGCACAAUCACUUCAAAGUUUAAUUGCUGCUCUGAACAGAAUCCAGAAUGCAAACACGGGAAGAAGGCAUCGACGUAGUGUCAGUGACAUCGAGAGCAUAGUCAUUACAAUAAGUCAAGCGACUACAGCUGUUCAGAAUGGUAACACGUCAGCUGUAAACUCAUUCACAAAUGAAAUAAAGAUGAAGACAAAUACAGUUUCAGAUCUCGCAGAUGCAGCUGCGAGCAAUGCAACACUCGCAAGGGAACUACAAUCAAGCGUAACUGAUGCACUCAGUGGGAUUAGUGACCUACAAGAAGCCGUCAAAACGAAAGACAAAGAAGUCCAAAGGAACAUUGAACAACUACAGCAGGAAAUAAACCAGCUCGGGGGAACUACUGUUGACGUAACAACCAUCGAUAUUGAUGUAAUAACAGAUGGCGGCAGCAAUGAAGAGACUACUACCAAGGCAGAGGAUGAUACUACCAUCGCAGACACCACCACCUUGGACACAAAGGUAGACACUACCCUAAUGGACACUACUACAGUCGAUACCAUCUUGAGUGAUACCACAACAAUGGACACUACCAUAGUAGAUACCACAACGGUAGAUACCAUCCUUAUUGAUACCACAACAAUGGACACUACCAUAGAAGAUACUACAACAGUAGAUGCCAUCCUUAUUGAUACCACAACAAUGGACACUACCAUACUAGACACUACAACGGUAGAUACCACACCAACGGAAAUCAUCACAGUCGAUGUUGACAUUACCACAGCAGAAGAUACUACUAUCGUUUUCCCUAGCACCACGACCACAGGAGGUUUCAGUACAAAUGACAUCACCACACCAGAUGUCAGUACAGUUGACACCACCACGCCAGACGUCAUCACAACUGACACCUCCAUAGAUGUCAGCACAGUUGAUAUCACCACAGAAGAUGUCACUACAGUUGAUAGCACUAUAGUAGACAGCAGUGCAGGAGUUACCACCACAGAAGCCCCAACUACCACGGAAGCCCCAACCACUACAGAAGCCCCAACCACCACAGAAGCCCCAACCACCACAGAAGCCCCAACUACCACAGAAGCCCCAACUACCACAGAAGCCCCAACUACCACGGAAGCCCCAACCACCACGGAAGCCCCAACCACAACAGAAGCCCCAACCACAACAACCAGUUCUACGUCAACAACAAAUGGAUAAAGGAUCAACCCGUAACGCAGAGGCGACAUCGAAUGGACAAUGUUAUUAUCUGAAAAAGAUCUAAAAAUCACGAAAAAAGUGAAAGUAAGAGAGCAUAU